UGGUGAAGACGAUUAAUUGAAAAAAAAAAAAAAACAAAAACAAACCCUCUCAGCAUUUGUGUUUUUCCGUUGCAAUUACAACCUCCCUCUUCACACUUUCCCUCGUCCGUCGUUUCCUUGGCUUCUUCUUCCUCUGAACGCAUUUUCCGCUGCCGCAACUUCGAAGUCGCCAGCUCAGCAUCCUCGAAAUCAGGUUUUGUUUCUGAAAAGUCUGCUGCUGCAGGUGGUUGCAAUCUGGCAUGGAUUUCCUCUGGAGCGAGAAUGCGGCGACGCCGCGCGCCUCGCAUUUCUCCGUUGCGAUCUACUUCGCCUUCGCCAGUUUCGCGGCCAGGUUCUUCCUUGACAGAUUCGUCUUUCGCAGGUUGGCCAUUAGGAUUUUGACGAAGGGUAGAGCUCCUUUACAUAUUACUAAGGAAAUGCAAGUAAAGAUUGGAAAAUGCUCAGAAUCAAUGUGGAAGCUAACAUAUUAUGCUACAGUUGAAGCAUUCAUUCUUAAAAUUACCUACCAAGAACCCUGGUUCAGUAACACGAAAUUAUACUUCAAUGACUGGCCAAAUCAUGAGUUGAAGAGUCCCCUAGUGUUGUACUACAUGUGCCAGUGUGGGUUCUACAUAUAUAGCAUUGCUGCUAUUCUUACAUGGGAGACUCGAAGGAAGGAUUUUGCAGUGAUGUUUACUCACCAUGUAAUUACUGUUUUACUGAUUGGGAUUUCAUAUCUAACAAGUUUUUUUAGGGUUGGCUCCAUAAUUCUCGCCCUUCAUGAUGCAAGUGACGUAUUCAUGGAAGCUGCCAAGGUUUUCAAGUAUUCUGGAAGGGAGUUUGGUGCAAGUGUGUGUUUUGGAUUCUUUGCAGUUUCGUGGCUCAUACUGCGGCUAAUUUUCUUUCCUUUUUGGGUUAUUAAAGCAACAAGCAUUGAUCUUCAGCAGGUCUUAAACCUGUCAGAGGGCUUUCAUAUGUUUCUUUACUAUGUUUUUAAUACAAUGCUCAUAAUGCUGCUCAUCUUCCAUAUAUACUGGUGGAAGCUCAUUUGUGCGAUGAUCUUGAGGCAACUUAAAAAUAGGGGAAAAGUUGGCGAGGAUAUAAGAUCAGAUUCUGACGAUGAUUGAAUAGACGAAGAAGGGUUUUGUUGAGUUUUCUUUCUUCCUGCUGGUUGGUGGUAGCUCUGAUAAUACUGUUUUUGACUUGUCUAUAGAUUUCUAGGAGUGCAGUUGGUUAAUACAACCAGUGGAGGAGAUCUGAAUUUUCGUUAGUUUCAAAAUUUUCAUUGAUUACCGAGUAAAAAGAGAGUAGGAAACCGUCAAGCAUAUUUUGAUUCUUGUAUUUUUGCUGUAUAAAUGAUAGGCAUUCCUGUAUAAUUGUUUUUCUAAACAAACCCGUUUAGGUUAACUAGGGGUUGAAUGAAAAGUGGCUUAUAACAAAUAUGAAGGAGAAAGAAAAACUUACAGUCGUAUUCUACUUUUGUAGUUGCGCUUUUGAGCAAUAAGCCAGAUUGGUGCAUUGUACUGUUA